GCGGAGCGGGAGGGACCCGGCCAGGCCGGCGCCGUGCGCCGAGGCCACGGGGACGAGGCUCAACAAGGCCCAGCGCCGGGUCUGCCCUGGGGCCACCCCAGGCACAGGCAGCCGCAGGGGCACAGGCGCUGGGAACGGCCCGGGGGCUGGUGCCAGCGGCUGGGCAGCAGCCAGCAGCGUGCCCGGCGGGACGAGCGGCCACGGGCAGCCUGGCCACUGUCCCCUGUGCUGGCCCUGCGGAGCCUGCCGCUCCAGGGCUGUUCGGUGCUGGGCCCUUCACUCACGGCCACAGGGACGCUGCGGGGCUGUGCCGUGCCCUCCCCUGCCCGGCUGCUCCGGCUGCUCCGGCCGAGCUGCUCCUGCGUCACUCACCCAGCCCCGGUGCCCUGGCCGUGGGGGAGGGCACGUCCCCUCCCUGGGGGACACCCGUGGGUGCCCCCUGCCCGAGCUGCGGGUCCCUGCUGUGCGCUGGGGGCGGCGGAGGCAGGAGCCCCCUCCUCAGCCCCUGCCAGGCGCAGGCGGUUUGUGGGGUCCGCACCGGCCGUCUCGCCGUCACCUGCGCUCAGGCAUCCCCGGGCAGCGCCGCGAGAGCGCGGAGCUACAGCGGUUUACCUCUGGAGCUUCGGCACCCCCUAUUUCCCCCUGGGGCUGGGCUGAUCAAUGCUCGCUCCCAGUGACCCGCCGUCCCAAGCGGGCAGCGGCUGCGGGGGGAGGGCGCAGGGGCUGGGAGGCGGAGGCACAGGAUACAGCGGGGGUUCCUCCGUUUAUUUUUGCCCUGGGCCGCCUCUGCCCGGUCGUUCUGACCCCGCCGGGGUCCGGCUGCCCCGGCUGAGGGCACGGAGGCCCCAGUGCUGCCGCGGUUCGUGCCGGGUCAGGCAGCCGGGAGGGAAGAGCGGCCGUCAGCGCUUCGUUUCUGCCCCGGCGCGGGGCGGCUCCGGCCCAAGUCCUCUCCCGUUUCUGCUGACUCGGCCCCGCUGUGCGGAAACGGCCCCUUGUGACACCUUCCCGUCCCCCGGCAGCGGCCCGGCGCGCUCCUCCCGCGGCUGCCGGGCUCCGGGCUCCCGCUGCAGCAUGCGGCCGCUCCCGCUCCUCGUCCUGCUGCUGACCGCGGUGCCGCCCGCCCGGCUCUGCGAAGCGCCGGGGCAGGCGGCAGCGGUGCGGGAGCUGAGCGCUCGGCUGCUGGGGCUGGCAGAGGACCCGACCCGGGACCCCGACCCCAGCGUCUACCUGGCCCUUCGCCUGGGCGCUGAGCACGACCUGCGCGGGGAGCAGCGGUACCUGGAGCGGCUGCGGGACGGCUUCCAGCGCCGCUACAGCCGGAGCCUGCAGGCAGAUGACCGACCCCAUGCCGCGCCCUACAACACAACGAGCCUGGAGCCGGAGUGGCCGGAGACGGGGCACUUGGCCCUGUACCUGCUGGGGCUGCGAGCCACGUGCCCCCCACCAGACCCUGCGGCCCAGCGCUCGCUCAUCACCUGGCUCAAGUACUACCUGGAGGAGGACUGGGCAGGCUCCCGGCACCACGGCCACCCCCUCACCAGUUACUACCAGUAUGGGCUGGGCGUGCUGGCGCUGUGUGUCCACCACAAGCGGGUGCGGGAGGAGGUGAUCCGCCGGCUCCUGGCCGCCGAGCACCACGGCAGCUUCGGGCAUGCCGCCGGCAGCGCCGUGGACACGGAAGCCGUGGUGGCCGUGGCCUUCACCUGCCUGGAGCGCGAGCGGCUGGUGAGGUCCCGGCUGGCGGCUGAGCUGCGGGCGGCCCGGCGCAGGCUGAGGGCGAGGAUGGUGGAGGCACAGGGGCAGGAUGGCCUCAUCGGCAACAUCUACAGCACCCCGUGGGCCAUGCAGGUGUUUGUUGCCAGCCACAAGUGCCGGGCGCUGCCGGCGUACGGCCGGGCCAUGGCUGCGCUGCUGCAGCACCUGGACGCCUUCGGCACGGCCGCCACCAUGGCACAGGCGCUGCCGGUGCUGCACGGCCACUCCUACCUGCACAUCGCUGCCCUGCGCUGCCGGGAGGAGCUGGACACGCUGGUGCCCAGCAGCGCUGAGCCGCUGGCCGAGGGGCCGGGGAACGUGACGGUGCGGCUGGUGGUGGAGUGUCCCGAGCCACGGUGCCCCCAGCACCAGCUUUACGACCGCCCGGUGCCUGUGCCCGCUGGCACCUCCCUGCUGGACGUGCUCAAGGCGGCCGCCGCGCAGGAGCCCCACGACUUCACGUUUGACACCCAGGACACCCCCCAGGGUGUGUAUCUCAGCAGGGUGCUGGGGAUGGAGGCCCAGCACCGGGAGCGGAGCUACUGGCAGCUCCUCAGUGCCCCCAGCACCAGCUUGCAGAUGGGUGUUGCUGAAUACAGACCUCAGGACGGGGAGACCCUCAUCCUGCGCCUGAGCAAGUGGUAGCGGCCGGGGAGGGACAACGGCAAUGAAACGCCCACGCUGGGCACAGGA